GGGGGUGUUUAUCUGUCAAAUUACUUCUGCUACUUACAUUAGUCUGCUUAAUAACGUCGUGUAAUCCUAAUCGUUGGGCUAUUGUUAACCUUUUGAUAUACGAUGAUUACGUUUAUUUUAACCAUCAGCGAUCGAAGAUCGACGAUGUUCUGCACGAUAAAUGGAAUUUGGAAAUAAGUAGAUCUAUUUAUUUGUGUAAAAGAUGUAAGCGAACGAGCGUUUGUUUGGAAUGGCGCCGCCGAAAGACAAAUGGGUAAGGCGAUUUGUCAUAUCGGAAACAAGUCGCCAUAAAAAAGGCUUCACCGUCUACAAAGUUACCUCGAUGAUGUUUUUAAAGACAUCUCCAGACGUUGUAUCUAAAGUAUCUAUCUGGAAACGUUAUAGUGACUUCAAAAAGCUGUACAGUACUAUGCAAUCGUUGCAUUCAACGAUGCAGAUAAAGGAGCCCUUUCCACCAUUCCCCAAGCCAAAGUUCUUUGGAAGAUUUGAAGCUGAAGUAAUCGAGGAGAGAAGAGAAUGUGCUUUGAAACUUUUAGAAUUUAUUGGCCGUCACAAUGCAUUGUUUACCAGCGAUGCUUUUGUAAAAUUUUUUGAAACAGAUAAUUUGGAUAAACGCUUUCUAGAUUGCUCUCAGUCUCUUAGCUCCGACACUUCGGAUGAUGAUCGGAAUGUCAAUUGCGAAAAUGAAGAGAAUGGUAUUACAAACACUACUAAUCUUCCUAAAUUUGUUUGUACUAAGAAGGUGAAACCAAUCAAAGUUGGCAACCAGAAGGAUGUAAAAGCAAAGCAAGCAAGUUGUAAAGGCAGUAGUUCAAAAUCAGUUGUAGUCACUAGUUCUUAUGAGCAUUAUCAUGUAAACUGCAACAAUAAUAAUACCAAAGAUAGUGCUACUGACAUUGUUGACGGACUAGAGGCAAUAACUUGCGAAGAGAAUGGUUCAAAGUAUACAGAUGCUAUAAACAAAUCUGUUGUCAUACAUGAUGGCUCAGAUUUAACACAAUCUUUUAAAGAAUCUGCACAAUAUAUUUUAAUAGCAGCUGCUCAUAUGAGUGCUGCUUUUCGGCAUGAGGCGAUCGCAGAAUACGAAGAAGCUUUUACUCAGUACAAACUUGGAAUAGCUCAUCUUAUUAAUGGUAUACAAAAUGAAAUAGAUCAAGAAAAAAAAGUAGUGAUUCAAGAAAAGAUAACAAAGUAUUUACAAAGAGCAGAAAGACUGUACAAUAGGCAUCUGAAUUGCAAUGUAUCAGUAUUACAUAAACCUGUUACAGAAUUGCGAAAUUAUAAAGUCAUUGAACUUACAGGAUCUGUUAUGCUGGCUAAAGAUGUACUUCAGGGUUUUAUAAGAGUUAUAAAGACUGUAGAAAAAGUUGCUGGUUGUAAAAAAGAUAUCAGUGCUUAUAUCUUACGAGGGAGGGUGCCAUAUAUGGUUCAAUUAUAUUCAUGUAUGCAGACUGAUUCUACUGUAUUUUUAAUCUUGCAGUACAUGAGCAGGGGAAAAUUGUGGAGUUUUGCAAAGAAUAAUUAUAAACCAGAUGCUGAAAAAUUAAAGCAUUUGAAAAGGGGGCAUUCAAGAUCUUUUAGUUGUGAUGCUGUUAUUCAACUUGACUUGGUAGGAAAAUCGCAUGUGCAAGAAAAUAUACCUAAAGUAGAUAUCACUGGUAAAGAAACAAAUUCUUUUAUUUCUUCAAAAAAUUAUCUCAUCACUCCUAUUAAUGAACUUGCUUUAGGAGAUACAACUGAAUUAGUUAAGAAUGCACAAAAGUUGUUACAGUCGGUCAGUGCUACUUUAAAACGUAGUAAUUCGAUCGCAAGUAGAUUGAAUGAAUCAGAACGCCUUUUAUAUAAACCAAACAGUAAUAAAGAAGGAGAAAACAGUGUUAUUGAUUGGGAAAAUCGUUUAAAAAGCGAUUCUUUAUGCAUCGAAGAUAAUGAAGACACUGAAGCAAGUGGUGAUCUGAGUGAACUUUCUAUAAGUGAGAGUUGUACAGAAUUAAAUAAUGAUAAAGGUGUGGAUCUCAAUGUAAAGAUUGAUAAUAGAGAAUCAAAAGAAGACUUAAAGAAAGCAGAGAAUGAAAAUUCUGCUAAGUUAAGCAACUUAAAAUUAGUCAAUAAAUUGUAUACUGAAAACAGUAGUAAUGGAGCGGAAUCUUUUAAAUUUAGUGAGGACCAAAUUCAAUAUAAAGUAGAAAACUACCCCGUAGAAGUAGAAAAAAAAAUGUGGGUGAUUCCAGAAUCUAUUGUAAAGAUUUGGGCUGCAGAGAUACUUCUCGCUUUAGAAGCUCUGCACCAGCAAGAUGUUAUUAUUUCAGAUUUACGACCAGAUAAUAUUUUAAUAGAUGACUGUGGAAAUGUGUGUAUGACAUAUAUUGUACCUCGUAAUGAUACGGAAUUAUUACGUUUAAAAAAGCCUUACUCGUCACCAGAGUUAUGCAUGUUCACACCUCCUAUUUCAAUAACUACAUCAGCUGAUGUUUGGAGUUUUGGAGUUCUUUUAUAUGAGUUGUUAACAGGUUUUGAUUUUCAAACAAAACAUCCAGGACAAUUUCAUACACAUUCUUUAAUAAACAUUCCUGAGAGUUUGUCAAAAGAUGCAAAGACUCUUUUACAAAAUAUACUCAAAUACCAACCCAGUGAUCGUUUAACGAUUCCAGAAAUAAAACAGCAUCCGUUUUUUGCCAACACUGAUUGGUUGGAACUUCUUAAUGCCUGAGCCAUAUAUUUAUUUUAAAAAUAAAAGAGUAUUACUUAACUUAUGCGCUAUGUAAACAUGUACUAUUUAUUAACUGUCAAUCAAUUAGAAAAAGGUUUAAAAAAAAAUUAUGUACACUGGACUUUAUGUUUAAGAAAAAUUAAAAUUACUUUCCUCUA